AUUUUAAAUUCUAGGUGAACUAAUUUUAAAUUUCAAAAUAAAAAACAGCACCAAAAAAAACUCUGUGAGAGAUAUGGCGGAUGUAGCAAUCUUAAUUGCGGUGGGAAGGAUAAACGAAUUACUAAUGAAGAAGGCAACUUUCUUGCAAGAAGAAGGCGUGGAGGGACAAUUGAGACUUUUGAAAGGAAGACUUGAACGGAUGCAAUCGUUUCAGAGAGACGCAUCCGAUAAAGAAUCCAACGACGAGAGAAUACGUAAUUGGAUUUCGAAUAUCAGAGACGUUGCUCACGAUACAGAAGAUGUCAUCGAUGCUUUCGUUCUCAAAAUCGAUAUCCCAAGACGACGACGAACAAGACUACCACUACUCGGAAAGUGCCUAGCCUGGAUUGACUUGAGAAAUAUCGGACGAGAGAUCGAGUCAAUCCACGCUAGACUCGACGACAUCAGCAGAAGCCGCGUGGCUCUCGGGAUCUCCAGCACCACCACCACCAGCAGCCUCCUACCGGAUGCGGUGGAGUGGCGGAGGCAAUUGGAUUACUGGCAGCGAGACAAACACGUGGUGGGCGUGGACGGAGACACGGAUAAGCUGCUCAAGGAAUUCAUUCUUGACGAGAGCAUCCGGGAGCUUUCCGUCGCUACCAUCGUGGGCAUGGGCGGUAUUGGGAAGUCAUGCCUCGCGAGGCAUCUGUAUCACCACAGACGAGUCGCCGAUCAUUUCGACUGUCGUCUUUGGGUUUUUGUUUCCACCAAAUUCAACCCAAAACAAGUCAUUAAGGAACUAAUGGCGCAAGUGCUCGACAAACCCAUUUUUAUGGACAAUGAGACGUUGCCCCAACUCGCAUCGAGGCUUCGCCGAUGCCUCGAAGGAAAACGGUACCUCAUAGUCCUCGACGACGUGUGGGAAGACGAACAUUGGGAAUUUCUUGCAAGUCUCUUUCCUUGUGAAGAAAAAGCAAGUAGGUUGCUGCUUACAAGCCGCAAUCGGAUGGCGACGAUGAAUGCUCCGUAUAUUCAUGAGAUGAAACUUUUAGACCCGGAGAAAAGUUGGGAAUUAUUGUUAAACAAGGCAUUCGUGGGGGAAUUCAAAGGCAAAUUGCGUCUAGGUGACUUUGAGAUUAUAGGAAGAGAGAUCCUGAAAAAGUGCAGAGGUAUGCCGUUAGCCAUUGUUACGAUUGGUGACUUACUAAUCGACAGGAAUCCAUCCACGGAGAAAUAUGGGAGAAAAUUUUGAAAGAAAUUAACUUUCAUUUCGAAAAAAAUGAAAUUGAGUUGCCAGAAUUGUAUUAAUCCACAUUUUUUUAUUUAACAAUUAAUUAUAUGAAUUUAUGAAGGGAUCUACUGU